CCAAGAAACGCUACAGUUUGUUAUCACCCGAACGACAAAGUGAAGGGGCGCUCUCAAGCGUUACGCGUUGCCUUAUCUCAGAUUGCAUCCCUGCUUGUACAAACUGCAAGUGUAGUAAGAUGGAUGCUGGGAAGCAGAGCAGCAGUACAAUUUGGACUCGGGAGGCGGUCAGGGAAUAUGAAGUGGCCUUGGUUGCAUAUAUUGAGGGCCAUCGCAUUCACGUUCCUUGGGAAAAAGUUGCAGCAUAUCUGCCUGGAAGAACCGUGGCCGAAGUCAAAGAGCACUAUGACGAACUAGUGGAAGGCAUCUGCAGGACUCAUCCUUAUGCACUGUCUCUUCCCUACUGUCAUCUACCUGAGGAUUCUGCUGCUGGUUGUAGUGAUGGCAACAUGGGAAGUGUGGUUGAACCAACGAGAGACCAAGGAGAGAUCACGAGCACCGCAGAGAGCAACCCUGGACAGGGGAACGACACAAGUGGCGAUUCUGUGAUCACAGACGAGCAUCAUCCGUCAGAAGACGAUGAACAGGGACAGGAGGCGGGGUCGAAGGCUCCAUGACAUUACCAUCGUCGGCCACGACGAUGAUGUGCACAUGUAUGCGUCUCAAGGGCCAAUCACUGGUCGAGUCAUUAGAGCUCGCAUGCCCUCUGCAGAUCCUGUCACUCGACCUUCUUUUCUUUUUCCUCCCCAGGCUUAGGUAGGGGGCUUAAGACUGACUACUACUGGCAUUGAGUUGCGUGUGUCAGAUUUUGGUAGUCCAUGAUUUCGAGAUUUGGUAGCAUGAUCGUUCUGAAUAAAGGAGUAGGCAUAGGAAUAGGUUUGUAGAAGAUGAGAUUGGUGAAGACGUGCAGAGAAAAAAGCUUUGCAAAUUACACUGUCAUUUUUGCAUUCAUCAAAUGGAAGAAAUAAAAGAUAUU